AUAACACUGCUGCAGAUGGAGCACAACUUUGACAUUAUGAACCAUGCAUGUCGGGCCUUAACAUAUAUGAUGGAAGCACUUCCCAGGUCAUCUGCUGUAGUGGUAGAUGCAAUUCCUGUCUUCUUGGAAAAGCUGCAAGUUAUUCAGUGCAUUGAUGUGGCAGAGCAGGCGCUUACAGCCCUGGAGAUGUUGUCACGGAGGCAUAGUAAAGCCAUUCUGCAGGCAGGUGGGUUGGCAGACUGUUUGUUGUAUCUGGAAUUCUUCAGUAUAAAUGCACAGAGGAAUGCACUAGCUAUUGCUGCCAACUGCUGCCAGAGUAUUACACCUGAUGAGUUUCACUUUGUGGCAGACUCUUUGCCACUGCUUACACAAAGGUUAACCCAUCAGGACAAGAAGUCUGUUGAAAGCACUUGUCUCUGUUUUGCACGGCUAGUGGACAACUUCCAGCAUGAAGAGAACUUGCUCCAGCAGGUUGCUUCCAAGGACUUGUUAACAAAUAUCCAGCAGCUCUUGGUAGUGACGCCUCCUAUCCUGAGCUCAGGAAUGUUCAUCAUGGUGGUGCGCAUGUUUUCCUUAAUGUGCUCCAAUUGUCCUACGCUUGCAGUCCAACUUAUGAAGCAAAACAUUGCAGAAACACUUCACUUCCUCCUUUGUGGAGCCUCGAAUGGGAGUUGUCAAGAGCAAAUUGACCUUGUUCCACGAAGUCCUCAAGAACUUUAUGAGCUUACUUCUCUUAUCUGUGAACUGAUGCCUUGCCUGCCAAAAGAGGGAAUCUUCGCUGUUGAUACCAUGCUAAAGAAAGGAAAUGCGCAAAAUACAGAUGGUGCAAUAUGGCAGUGGCGAGAUGACAGGGGUCUCUGGCAUCCCUAUAACAGGAUUGAUAGUCGAAUAAUAGAGGCAGCUCAUCAGGUUGGUGAGGAUGAGAUAAGCCUGUCUACACUUGGGCGUGUCUAUACUAUUGAUUUUAACUCUAUGCAGCAAAUAAAUGAGGAUACUGGAACAGCACGUGCCAUUCAGCGGAAACCAAACCCUUUAGCCAAUACAAACACUAGUGGACAUUCAGAAUUGAAGAAGGAUGAUGCUCGAGCACAACUAAUGAAAGAGGACCCAGAACUGGCAAAAUCCUUUAUCAAAACAUUGUUUGGUGUUCUGUAUGAAGUAUAUAGUUCUUCAGCUGGACCUGCUGUUAGACACAAGUGCCUUAGAGCAAUUCUUAGGAUAAUUUAUUUUGCUGAUGCUGAACUUCUGAAGGAUGUGCUGAAAAACCAUGCUGUUUCAAGUCAUAUUGCCUCCAUGCUGUCAAGUCAAGACCUUAAGAUAGUAGUUGGAGCCCUGCAGAUGGCAGAGAUCUUAAUGCAAAAGUUACCUGACAUUUUUAGUGUUUACUUCAGAAGAGAAGGGGUGAUGCACCAAGUGAAAAACUUAGCAGAGUCUGAGGCUUUGCUAACAAGCCCACCAAAAGUAUGCACUAAUGGAUCAGGAACGCUGGCUACCACUACAAUAACUACUGGAACAGCCACUGCUGCCAGUAAUGCAGCUGCCGAUUUGGGCUCUCCCAGCUUACAGCACAGCCGGGAGGAUUCUUUGGAUCUGAGCCCACAGGGACGACUGAGCGAUGUUCUAAAGAGAAAAAGACUGCCAAAACGAGGGCCAAGGAGACCAAAAUACUCUCCUCCAAGAGAUGAUGACAAAGUAGACAAUCAAGCUAAAAGCCCCACAACUACUCAAUCGCCUAAAUCUUCCUUCUUGGCAAGUUUAAAUCCUAAAACAUGGGGAAGAUUAAGCACACAGUCCAACAGUAAUAGUAUUGAACCAGCACGAACAGCAGGAGUAAGUGGUCUUGCAAGGGCUGCUUCCAAGGAUACCAUUUCCAAUAACAGAGAAAAAAUUAAGGGCUGGAUUAAGGAGCAAGCCCAUAAAUUUGUAGAACGUUAUUUUAGUUCUGAAAACAUGGAUGGAAGCAAUCCUGCACUAAAUGUAUUACAGAGACUUUGCACUGCAACUGAACAACUCAACCUCCAGGUGGAUGGUGGAAUAGAGUGCCUUGUAGAAAUCCGUAGCAUUGUCUCGGAGUCUGACGUCUCCUCCUUUGAAAUCCAGCAUAGCGGGUUUGUUAAACAACUGCUGCUUUAUUUGACAUCUAAAAGUGAGAAAGAUGCUGUAAGCAGGGAUAUCAGAUUGAAAAGAUUUCUUCAUGUAUUUUUUUCUUCUCCACUUCCUGGAGAAGAACCCCUUGGAAGAUUAGAGCCAUUAGAAAAUGCACCUUUGCUGGCAUUAGUCCAUAAAAUGAACAAUUGCCUCAGUCAGAUGGAACAGUUUCCUGUCAAAGUGCAUGACUUCCCUAGUGGAAAUGGAACAGGGAGCAGAGGAUCCCAAGCUUUAAAAUUCUUCAAUACACACCAAUUAAAAUGCCAACUGCAAAGACAUCCAGACUGUGCUAAUGUGAAACAGUGGAAAGGUGGACCUGUGAAGAUUGAUCCUCUGGCUUUGGUACAAGCCAUUGAAAGAUACCUUGUAGUUAGAGGCUAUGGAAGAGUUAGAGAAGAUGAUGAGGAUAGUGAUGAUGAUGGGUCAGAUGAAGAAAUAGAUGAAUCUUUGGCUGCUCAAUUCUUAAAUUCAGGGAAUGUGAGACAUAGACUGCAAUUUUACAUUGGAGAUCACUUGCUGCCAUACAAUAUGACUGUGUAUCAAGCAGUUAGGCAGUACAGUUUGCAAGCUGAGGAGGAGAGGGAGUCUACAGAUGAUGAAAGCAACCCAUUAGGAAGAGCUGGGAUUUGGACAAAAACGCAUACUAUUUGGUACAAACCUGUGCGAGAGGAUGAAGAUGGUAAUAAGGACUGUGUUGGUGGUAAAAGAGGAAGAGCACAAACUGCUCCCACAAAAACCUCCCCUAGAAAUUCUAAAAAGCACGAUGAAUUGUGGCAUG